AAUCAUUACUAUACAAAUGUGCUCGCUCUGGCUUGCAAAGCGAAGUUCCAUCAGCUUCCCAGGCCUCUCAUACGGUGCGUGACAGAGAUCCAAAAUGGAAGACGACCCAUUUGGCGACGUCCUCGACCUCGAGGAAACCUACUACCAGGAGGGCUACGCACUCGGUGUAGAAGACGGUUCGCGAGCGGGACGCAUAGAAGGCCGGCUCUUCGGUCUUGAGAAAGGAUUCGAAAAGUUUGCUGCCAUGGGUUUACUGCAUGGGAAGGCAUCUGUCUGGAGCUCUCGAAUUCCAGCAACGAAAAAGCAGCCUGAAAAAGGCCUCGUGGCACCCAAGGAGUUGGCGGAACCCUUAAGUCAUUCAGCGGCAGAAGGCCAAUCAUCAUCUGAGCAAGCUAAUGCUGUUCAAAAUGGACUACCGCCUCUCCCAGAGAAUCCCCGCCUAGCUAAACACAUCACUACUCUACAUGUCCUCACGGAACUUCCCACAUUUUCGACAGCCAACACCGAAGACGCUGUCGCGGAUUUUGAUGACCGGUUCAGACGUGCUGGAGCAAAGGUGAAAGUGAUCGACCGAAUCAUAGGCGAGGGUGACGCCGACACUACGGUUGAAGCCGAAGUGAUCGGUUUCCAGGCUGUGUCGGGUUCGAGUACCGAAAGGAAAGAGAGAGGACAUGGUGUGAAGCUCUCCCAAGCGGAGAGACCUACAGACAACAUGGAAGAUUUCGGGGGACGAAAGGGGAUGUAGCAAAGAUCCACGAUUAUAUCACAAAGGCGAAGGAAGCAAGAGAUAGGAAUAGUCGAUGAAGUCCCCAGUUUCUAUCCAGUUUCUAUACAGAUCCAAAAGAGCGGCUAUAGGCCCAAAGCACCGGUGUUCUGACCAAAGGAAGAGUAAUCAUAAGAAGUGGAUAUCAAAAUCCUUGACU